CCCCGGCACGGCCGCGAGCAGCGCUCCCCGGCGGCGGGACCGGCACCGCCACCGGCCCCGUGCCCGUGCGGGCGGGAGGCGGGGCCGUGCUGCCGGAAGGGCCGCGCGGACGGCGGCGGUGAGGGACCGCCGGCUCUUCCGCCGCGACGUAAUGGCGGGGCGGCGAUAGGGGACGGGCUGGCCGGCGGCGGGUGUGAAUCACUAAAUUGAAUAGCAAUAACCAUGGGAGAUGCUGCAAAACCACCUUUUGCCAAACAAAAUAAGGAACCAGAAAUGUAUGAAGAAGAAUUAAAAGGAAGUCCAUUACAGAAAGACUGCCAAACCAUGGAUGAAUAUGGGAAUGGCCAUAGCAAUAACAUGGAUAUCAGCACGCAAAAGAAGAGGGGAAUGCCAGGUCAUUAUGGAAAUAGUCCUAGGCGAGGGCCACGUAAUGUUUUGAGUAGCCCACAUUCACUUAAAAACAUAACUCACAGUCAAGGAUUGAAGUUCAGUGAUACCCAAAAAGACCAAAUAAAGAAGUGGAUAUCUGAUGACCACCGUGGUACUUCUGACAGCUGGAGAGAGUACAGAUCUGUAGCAUGGAUCCCCAUGCAUAGCAGGACAAGAAAGGACUCUCUUCAUGAGGUUGAAGGUGCAGGAAACAGAAACGUGAGACGACAACUUCAGAAAGACCUAACAAAUGAAGACGUUCCAGAGAUGCAGAAAGGAAACCCUGUGAAGAAACUCAAGAAAACAAGGAGAUCAAGAAGAACUAGAAAAGAUGAGUAUGAUCAUGAUGAUGAAGUGGAUGGCCCAGUUAUAGAUGAAUCUCAGCUGUCAGCAAAAGAGCUUCUAGGGUUGCAACAAGCUGAAGAACGUUUGAAGCGAGACUGCAUUUACAGACUGAAGAAGCAACCUCGAAACUAUCCAUCAGCAAAAUAUGCCUGCAAAUUGUGUGAUGUUUUGAUUGAGUCAGUGGCUUUUGCUCAUAAGCAUAUUAAGGAGAAGAGACACAAGAAAAGCAUAAAGGAAAAGCAAGAGGAACAGAUGCUGAGCACCCUGCCUCCUCCAACAGCUUCACAGAUUAAAGCUAUUGGUGUUGCCAUUGAAAAUGUAGUACAGGAGUUUGGCUUAAGUAAUGAAGAUUUAGAAGAAAGGCUCAACAUUAAAACAGUGAUGGAAGGUGUGCUGCAUCAAAAAUUGCCAGAGUGCUCAUUAAGAUUGUACGGCUCCUCCUGUAGCGGAUUUGGUUUCAAAACUUCAGACAUAAACAUAGAUAUCCAGUUUCCUGCCAGUAUGAGUCAACCAGAUGUUCUCUUACUUGUUCAAGAAAGUCUGCAGAACAGUGAAUCGUUUAUUGAAGUUGAUGCGGAUUUCCAUACUAGAAUACCAGUGGUGGUGUGCAGAGAAAAGCAAAGUGGACUUAUUUGUAAAGUAAGUGCAGGGAAUGAGAAUGCUUAUCUGACAACAAACCAUUUGGCUACACUUGGAAAACUAGAACCCACUGUUGUAUCUUUAGUGAUUGCCUUCAGGUACUGGGCAAAGUUGUGCUGUGUUGAUCGUCCCGAAGAAGGAGGUUUGUCACCUUACGUGUUUGCAUUAAUGGUCAUCUUCUUCCUGCAACAGAGGAAAGAGCCUUUUCUACCUGUCUACUUGGGAUCAUGGAUUGAAGGAUUCUCAUUAAACAAAUUAACUAAUUUUCAUAUUAAAGAAGUGGAGAAUGAUGCUGUGGUUUGGGAGCAUAACCCCCCUGAUGACGCUGAUGUGCCACAAGAAACUUCCCCUAAAAGGGACAAGGUUCCCUUAGUAUUUGAUUCGGGACAGCAGUGUUCAGCACCUGCUGGGCAGCUCUGGGUAGAACUGCUUCGUUUCUAUGCCUUGGAGUUCAAUAUGGCUGAUUUGGUUAUUAGCAUACGACUCAAAGAAACAGUGUCUCGUGAAUUAAAGGACUGGCCUAAAAAGCGCAUUGCUGUGGAAGACCCAUAUUCAGUCAAGAGGAAUGUAGCAAGAACUUUGAACAGCCAGCUAAUGUAUGAGUAUAUUCUUCACUGCCUGAGAGCAACUUACAAGUAUUUUGCCUUGCCUCACAAGAAAGAUGUAAAAUUGAGCAAAAAGUCCUCUCCAAAUGCCAAUGAGGAGAAACCCCAAAAUCUGGACCAUGGAAAUGAUGCCAUAAAGCACGAAAAUUCUGACUUGCAAACCUUGGAUGAUAGAAUGAACACAGCAGUAGUGGAAGAUUAUGUAAUUGAAACCACAGAUAUUCCCCAGGCGCAUAGAACUGAUUCUUCAAAGGUGUGUGAUGGCUCAGAAAGCUUGACAGAAGAAGAAUUAGCUGAUGAUAUAAGUCAUUUGGGAAUUGCCCAUGAAGAUUCAGACUGCAUAGUUGAGGAAGUUAUUUCUGGAGAUAAUGAGGGGUUUAAGCCAAGUUGUGAGGAGACAGAGAGUGGAAAUGAAGAAGAGGAGGAGGAAGAAGAACAAGGAAGAAGAUGGAAUAUCUUGACUACUGAGCAGGGAAUAGAUGAAGACAGCGAUAGUGGAGAUAUUCCUGUUACAGUGAUUGAGCAUGAUAUAGAGACAUGCUGUAAUUCAGACUUGGAAGGUUUUCAAAACACAGCACUUACAGAGAGUGAUGAGUUCGGCUUAGAGUGCAGUGGUAUAAUUGAUGACAAGAUUGAUGUUGAUGAGGAGAGCACUGAAGGUACUGAUGAACUGGAUGAAUCCCCACAAAAAUUCAUGUGUUCAACACAAAGUCAAUUGUCUGAGAUGAUUAACACUGAUGAUGAGGAGGAAGAGGAGGAAGAAUCAAGUCUUCUAAGCCAAGCAGUGUGUGGUGGCAUCAUGAGAGCUGAAGGUGAACUAGAUAACACAUUUCCUGGAUCUGGAGAUGAGGAUGCACUGUCAGAGGAAGAUGAUGAUUUGUCCGUCACCAAUAAAUAUGAAGACAAACAUUUCAAAGAAAAUGUGGAUGGAUCUCUGAGAAUCAAUUUGAGUCAAGAGAAUCUUACUGAAAAGGGAAGUCUUUUUGAAGAGAACACAGGAAUAGAACAGUGUUUAGAAUCUGAACUCUUUUAUAAAUUUAGUAAAACAGCUUUUACAAAGGGCAAGUCUCCUACAGUAGUGUGUAGCUUGUGCAAACGGGAAGGUCACUUAAAGAGGGAUUGUCCAGAAGACUUCAAGAAAAUUGAGCUAGACCCACUGCCACCGCUGACACCCAAAUUUUCAGUUAUUCUAGAUCAAGUUUGUGUCCAAUGUUAUCAGGAUUUUGCACCAAAUACUGUAGAGGAUCAGGCUCGGGAAUAUAUACGACAAAACUUGGAAAACUUCAUUAGAAUGGAAUUCCCAGGAACAAAGCUGAAUUUGUUUGGUUCCUCAAAAAAUGGCUUUGGUUUCAAACAAAGUGACCUUGAUAUCUGUAUGACAAUGGAUGGGCUGGAAACAGCUGAGGGACUUGAUUGCAUCAGAAUCAUUGAAGAUUUAGCAAAAGUUCUCAAGAAACAGUCAGGUCUCAGAAAUGUCUUGCCAAUAACAACAGCUAAAGUCCCAAUUGUCAAAUUUUUCCAUGUCAGAAGUGGUCUUGAAGUAGACAUCAGUUUAUAUAACACUCUGGCCUUGCAUAAUACAAGACUCCUGUCAUCAUAUUCAGCCAUUGAUCCUAGAGUAAAAUUUUUGUGUUACACAAUGAAAGUCUUCACAAAGAUGUGUGACAUAGGAGAUGCAUCUCGAGGUAGCCUUUCUUCUUACGCAUAUACUCUUAUGGUGCUUUAUUUUCUUCAACAGAGAAAUCCACCAGUUAUCCCUGUUCUUCAAGAGAUCUACAAAGAACCAAAAAAGCCUGAAAUUUUAGUUGAUGGUUGGAACGUUUAUUUCUUUGAUAAGAUAGAAGAGUUGCCAGAUGUUUGGCCUGACUUUGGCAAAAACACUGAAUCUGUUGGGCAGCUUUGGCUGGGACUUCUCCGUUUUUACACAGAAGAAUUUGAUUUUAAAGAGCAUGUCAUCUGCAUUAGGAGAAAGAAUCUGCUUACAACUUUCAAGAAGCAGUGGACCUCCAAAUACAUUGUAAUUGAAGACCCCUUUGAUUUGAACCACAAUCUUGGAGCUGGAUUAUCAAGAAAAAUGACAAAUUUUAUAAUGAAGGCUUUUAUCAAUGGCAGAAGGGUAUUUGGUACUCCUGUAAAAAUAUUUCCUAAAGAAUAUCCAUCAAAAAUGGAGUACUUCUUUGAUCCAGAAGUACUCACAGAAGGAGAAUUGGCACCAAAUGACAGAUGCUGCAGAAUUUGUGGUAAAAUUGGCCACUUCAUGAAAGAUUGUCCCUUGAGAAGAAAAGUAAGGCGGCGACGUGAUUAUGAAGAUAGCAAAAACCAGAGGUACCCAGAAAACAAAGAGAAAAAAAGCAAAGAGGACAAAGAAACCCAGAAUAAAACAACAGAAAAAGAGAACUCAGUGAAAGAGGGAAAGUUGCAUCCAUUUACACCGCCGAAGAGCAAACCAACAAGGGGAAUAGUGGAAACUGGAAGAGAAAAGAGUCCCAGGCAAUCAGCAGAGAAGUGGAAGCGUCUGGAAGACAGAGAGUUAAGAGAAAAACGUUGUUUCAUCUGUGGAAGAGAAGGUCAUAUCAAAAAGGAGUGCCCACAGUAUAAAGCAACUGCAGGAGGAUCAAAGCUGGAAGUGUUGUGUGGAUCCCCUUCUUUACCAACUGUUACCAAACAUGGUGGUCGAUUAAAUCAGGGAAUGCUUAUACAUGAAGAAAAAAAGAAACAAAAAGGAAAAGUAUUUUUGAGUCCCCAGUCAGGUUUGUAUGUCUUAAUUUCAAUUCAGAACUUCUGUGUAAAAGCAUGCAUUUUUAACUUGCUUUCUCCAUCAGUCCUAACGGGAACUCUGCCCAAUUUGCUGAACACAGCAGUAGUCUGGACAGGUUGCUAGAUAAUUCUGAAGUGAAAACAGUUUUUUUUUUUCAAGCUGGAAAUGUGCAUUUUUUUUUCAGUUGUGUUUUGGGAGCAGAACAUGUAAGGCAUGUUAAUUCUGUCAGCCAUUUGUUCUUUAUUUAACUCUGAUAGAUUUAUUUUGCAGAAGGAUAUGGUGUUUUUAUCAAUCUUUCUCUUCUCUCCCUCUGUUUUGGCAUACAUGGGGUUCUGUGUUUCUCCUCAGGGACGACAUGUGGAACACUUUCUUGUGAGGCUUCCUCAGAGUAAUCGUCUAGAAUUCCAUAUGAUCAGCUAACUUAGGAGAGACUAUGAAAGCACAUCCUUUGUCUGAGCUGCCAAAAUGCAAGAAAGUUAAAAUUACACUUACAAGUAGCAGUCAGAUGAUGACAUAAAGGCCUUUAUGUACUCUCUCUGGAUCAGAGAUGUUUUGUGCAUUGUGUUAGAUGCAUGGUUGCCGCUGCAGCUUCCUUACAGUAAUUUCACACACUUAACUUAUUAACUGGUACAAUGAAGAUUUUAAAAGCAACUGCUUUUUUUUUUUAAUUUGAGUUUUGAAUGCAACUGCAAACCAUUUAGCAGCUUGUUUGUUUUUUUUUUUCCAGGAAAUAUAUAUAAGUCUCUUCUGGGGCACCUGAAGGGGGAUUUGAGUAGUAUUCACAAACUUCUGAAGACUAAACUGCUAUUAAGUACAUCAUUAGAGUCUCAGUUUUUUGUGGGGUGGGGAUAGUACUUCCUGUUUGCAUUGCAAGACUCUUUCAAAUCUAAGUUUGGGGAUUUAAACCACAAAGCAGUUUGUCAUUAGGUGUUUAGUUGGAAAAAAAAAAUAGUCUUCCUUGUUUCUAUUUUAGUAUUUCCUACUGUUCUCCAGCAGCUGAUGUUACAAAGUUGAUCUGUGUGUGAUUUCAUUGUAGUUUGACUUAACGGUAUUUUCCUCCUGUCUGGUUGUUUCAUUUGCUUUAUGUCUGUUUGUGUUUUUUUUUUAAAUAUUAUUUGAAACCUUUAAACCUUUAAAGUGUGAUGCUUUUUUUUCCCCCCCAAUCUCAGGCAGCCUUUCCAAUAAAUAUAUGACUCAGGGAAAAGCCUCACAGAAGAGGACCCAACAAGAAUCAUGAGGGAUAUGAAGCACUGUUAAAUUGCAAUACAGGCCCUUCAUUCACUUAAAAACUUACUUUGGCUAAAGCAUCUGGAUUCACAGGACAGCAGCAUAAACAAUCUUCAACUUAAAAUACCCAUAUUUCUUUAAAUUUAAUACAAAUUGCUAGUAAAAGAAACUGGAUUUUAAUAUGGUCUCAUACCAUGGACCCCUGCUCUUAAAUAGGUUGUUUUUAAGCAUUUUAAUAGAAAGCCACCACAUUUUGUAUUUGUUCACUAGGUAAAUCAUAUAGAUAAGGGCAGGUACUAAAAAUGGACCAAGGUUUUGUCUUGUCAUUCAGCCUGACCAUUUUAAAAUGCACUAAAAUUGUGUGCAAGCCAAAUAUGUAUUUUCUUCAAAAACUGAUUUUUGAAAGAGCAAAUAUUUAUAAAUGUUGUUUACUGAAUCCUUGUGUAAAAUUGUAUGAAAUGUUUGUAGACUGCUACAGCUGUGUUUGCAAACAGGUUUUUGUGGUGUUUUCUUUUCCCCCAUGUACAGAACUGAAAACAUGGACACUAGGAAACAUAUGUAAAAGUCUCUGCAAAUAAGCAGUGCCAUUAAGGUUUUUGUUUUGUUUUUUUUUUUCCCCUUCUGUGAUUUUAUGGGAAUUCAUUUGCUGCUGUGCUUGUGUACAAGAGGGGAAAAAGAAGAAAAAAAAAAAGGACUAUGAAACAGGUCAGUCCUGUUUGAUGCUGCUAAGAAUCUUUUUCAUGACCUUGGGGAUACAGACAUAACUGCUUUAUGUAACAGAGAAAUGAUAUAUGGCAACUGAGGAAAACACAUCCAUUUUCAUAAAAUGUGAAUGGAAUCCUUGGACCAGCCAAGAAUUUAAGUAGUAUUAUCAACUUGAGCUUUACUUGAAGUCCUUCCAGAGCUGGUAAUGUACUCUCUAUCUUGUUCAGGAAAGAAUUAGUUAUGUCGUAAAAUUGAAACCACUGUUAUUUAUGACUUUUAAAUAAAUAAAAAAAAAGAAAAAGAAAUUCAGACUUAAGUUUCUAUAUUUCUUCUUAGGUUUUAGUUUUCAGUAUUCCUUUACUUAAAUGUAAGAUUAAUGAUUAACUUGUUAGAAUAAUCUGUUUUUUGAAAUGUCGUGUUUAAAUCUUUUUUCCCUACCUAUCUAUUUUUAAACUAAAGGUGAAAGCUAGAAUUUCUAAAGUGACUUCAAGAAGCUGAGAUCCUAUUUUGAUUUGCAUCCAUCUGUAACCGGCUAUUUAUAAACUUCUAGAUUGCAACUUUUCAAAAAAAAAAAAAUUUCCUUGACAUAUUUUCAAUCUUAGCCAGCAACAAACAGUAGUUUUUUUUUCUGUAACUUCUGUCUUCAUAUAAAAUUAAGCCAUUUUUU